ACGGCGGUGGACGGCCCACGGGGUGAUGGGAUUGCGCUUGCGCAGUGACAGAGUCUUGCGUGAGAUAUUUGACGACGUGAACGCGGUGAGUCGGUUUUUAGCCGGCCUUCGACUUCCUCUUCCCGUAGCGGCAAUGGCGUCUGGUACACUUUACACCUAUCCGGAGAACUUCAGAGCCUACAAGGCCCUCAUCGCGGCCCAAUUCUCCGGGGCCAAGGUCAAUCUCGCCAAGAAUUUCGUCUUCGGUGAGACUAACAAGUCACCCGACUUCCUCAAGAAAUUUCCACUUGGCAAGGUACCAGCUUUUGAAACAAGUGAUGGCAAGUACAUUACCGAAAGUAAUGCAAUUGCUUAUUAUGUCGCUAAUGAUCAGCUGAGAGGAAAGUCAGACUUGGAGCAUGCUCAAGUCAUGCAAUGGCUGAGUUUUGCCGACUCUGAAAUCUUGCCUGCUAGCAGUGCAUGGGUUUUUCCUCUUCUUGGCAUUAUGCCUUAUAAUAAACAGAAUGUCGAGGCAGCAAAGGAUGACGUCAAAAAAACUCUAACGUUUUUGAAUGACUAUUUGCUGACUAGAACUUACCUUGUUGGCGAAAGAAUAUCAUUAGCUGACAUCAGCAUGGCCAUGACUCUUCUUUACUUGUAUCAGUACAUUCUGGAACCCAGUCUACGUAAACCCUACACAAAUGUGAACAGAUGGUUUCAAACCAUUAUCAACCAACCCCAAGUUAUUGCCGUGAUUGGUGCCUUCAAAUUGGCUGACAAAACGCUAGAAUACGACCCCAAAAAAUACUCAGAAGCUCAAGGAAAGGGUAAAAAAGACAAGAAAGAAAAGGAGGCUAAGAAAGAGAAGGAAUCCAAAAAAGAUAAGAAGGAAGCGAUAGAAGAACCUGAUGAAGCUGAAACUAUUUUGGCAGCAGAACCUAAGUCUUCAAAUCCGUUUGACAGCAUGCCAAAGGGUACCUUUGAUAUGGAUGAUUUCAAACGAUGCUAUAGUAAUGAAGAUGAAGCUAAAUCUAUCCCUUACUUCUGGGAGAAGUUUGACCCUGAAAACUACAGCAUUUGGUUUUGUGAAUACAAGUACCCAGAUGAGCUUACAAAGGUAUUUAUGUCUUGCAAUUUAAUCAGUGGAAUGUAUCAACGCUUGGAUAAAAUGAGAAAGGCUGCCUUUGCCAGCGUUUGUCUUUUUGGCACAGACAACAAUAGCACUAUUAGUGGAAUUUGGAUAUGGCGUGGACACGAACUAGCAUUCCCGCUGUCCCCCGACUGGCAAAUAGAUUAUGAAUCUUACACUUGGAAAAAGUUGGACCCUAAAGAUGAAAAGACUAAGGAACUUGUCAAACAAUAUCUCAGCUGGUCUGGUGCUGAUAAGGAUGGCCGCGAAUUCAACCAAGGGAAAAUUUUUAAAUAAAAAUAGUUUCGCAUUUUAAAAAC